AUGGUGCCAUGGGGAUUCAGGAAGCUGAUGAACUGGGUAUCCAACACGUACCCGCAGUACCCCAUCAUCGUGACUGAGAACGGCUUCAGCGACCUGGGCGAAACGCAGGACGACCAGCGUAUAAGUUACCACGGCCACUACUUGGCGGAGCUACUCAAUGCAAUCAAUAUUGACGGAAGUAACGUGAUUGGGUACAUGGCGUGGAGUAUUAUUGACAAUCUUGAGUGGGGUCAGGGUUUCAGGCCAAGGUGGGGAGUUUUUAAAGUGGACACUGACGAUCCAAACCUACCCAGAAGCCCGAAGGCAUCGUCAGAGUUCAUGGGCAACAUUUAUACGACCAGGACUGUGCCCUUGGAGUAUUUCAACAGCACUCGAACGACAUGA